AUGGAUUUAUCAGUAGUGAAAAAGAAGAGCUUGCUAGGAGUCAAAGAAAGUAAUAAAAAAUCCAGCACUAGGGCUCCUUCUUCUACCAAACACAAAGACUGCUCUGAUGAGAAGUUCAAGGAUGGCUCUAAAGAUAAAGGGGCCACCAAGGAGUCAAGUGAGAAGGAUCGCAGCAGGGAUAAAACUUGGAAAAGGCACAGUGCUUCCAGUGGUAGCAGCAGCACCAGGUCUCGGUCUAGCUUAACCUCCAGCUCAGGCUCCAGCAUCAGCACCGGCUCCAGCAGUGACUCCAGCUCCUCCUCUGCAUCCAGCCGCUCGGGACGUUCCAGCACAUCCCACAGCUCCAGCUCAAGCAGUUCCUCUGGCUCUCCAAGUCCUUCUCGGCACCCCCACUCCAAAUCCAAGCCACCUAAAAGGGAUAAAAAGGAGAGGAAAAGGCGGAGCCCUUCCCCUAAACCCACCAAAGUGCAUAUUGGGAGGCUCACCAGGAAUGUGACCAAGGAUCACAUCAUGGAGAUAUUUUCCACCUAUGGGAAAAUUAAAAUGAUUGAUGUGCCCGUUGAAAGGAUGCAUCCUCAUCUAUCCAAAGGCUACACAUAUGUAGAGUUUGCAAAUCCAGAUGAAGCUGAGAAGGCUCUGAAGCACAUGGAUGGAGGACAAAUCGAUGGCCAAGAGAUCACUGCCACUGCUGUGCUCGCCCCCUGGCCUAGGCCACCACACAGGCGAUUCAGCCCUCCCAGGAGAAUGCCGCCACCACCUCCCAUGUGGCGCAGGUCCCCCCACCCCCAUGGAUGA